UGCCGAUCGAUAAACGCAGCGUUCAAAUCGUAGACUAGUCUCCUUCCCGUCCUCAGUCGGUUUCCAAUGGAGCGAUGCUGAACGGCAGAUGCCAGCGCGCGCCAGCAGAGAUCCGCGCAUUUGAUGCCCCUGUCGGCAGAGAUGGUUGAGCCCUCGUCCAGGUUGCUGUGGUUCUAUCCUAAAAUUCAGUCUCGCUCACUUGUCUCUUAUCAGCUGACAUAGCGCGGCUCUGUCGGCUUCUCCUCAGAGGAGGGAUCCUACUUCAGCCCCACAGAAAGAAAGAAACAGCCUAUAGGUUGCAUGCGUUACUAGUGAACAUGAAGGGGAUUUACAGAGACGGAUACUACGACGGAUCUAUUGAACUGAGGGACGUUUUCAACAGGAGAUGCGUUAAAUGUGGCCGGGGGGACUUUGUUCACGCCAAAACGAUGCGGAUUAGGACGGGAGUUGUUUUUUGGAAUCUCAUCUUUUCACUGAUGUUCACUUGUGUGAAAGGUUUCAUCCACACUUGCGGAGGCACUUUAAAAGGGAGGAAUGGGACGAUAGAAAGCCCCGGGUUUCCAUACGGGUACCCGAACGGAGCGAACUGUACCUGGGUGAUUGUUGCAGACGAGGGCAACCGGAUUCAUAUAGUUUUUCAAUCUUUUGCAGUGGAGGAGGAAUAUGACUUUUUAUCUUUGUAUGACGGGCAUCCACACCCGGCCAACUUCAAGACCAGGUUAACAGGAUUCACCAUCCCUCCUCCUGUUACCAGUUCUGGCUCCAUCUUUUCACUGAGGCUCACCAGUGACUUUGCAGUAAGCGCUCAUGGAUUCAAGGUGGCUUAUGAAGAGCUGAGGAGCAGCUCCUGUGGAAACCCGGGGGUUCCACCCAAAGGCAUCCUGAACGGCACUCAGUUCAGCGUAGGUGACAAGAUCCGCUACCGCUGCGUCACCGGCUACGUCCUGGACGGACACUCGCUGCUCACCUGCGUGACCAACGCAGCCGGCGUGUCGGUGUGGGACUUCCCUGUGCCCAUCUGCAGAGCGGAGGACACGUGUGGUGGCACCCUGCGGGGCUCCAGCGGGCUCAUUUCCAGCUUUGAUUUCCCCAGCGGUGACUCUCCCGGCGCUGGCGGAGGUGGAGCGACUGGAGGCCUGGGGAGCAGUGGGGAGUGUAAGUGGACCGUCCUGGCCGAUCCGGGGGACACCAUCUCCCUGGUGUUCACAGAAUUUCAGAUGGAGGAGAAGACGGAUUAUCUGGAAGUAGAGGGAUCCGAGCCACCGACCAUCUGGUUGACCGGAGUGAACAUCCCAGCGCCCAUCAUCAGCAACAAAAACUGGCUGCGGCUGCAUUUUGUGACGGAGAGCAACCACCGGCACAAAGGCUUCAGGGCUCAGUAUCAAGUGAAAAGCUCUGGAGAGCUUAAAUCCAGAGGGGUAAAAUUAUUACCAGGAAAGGACAACACUAACAAACUCUCUUUGAUGAAUGAAGGAGGAAUCAAACAGGUGUCUAAUUACUGUCCGGACCCGGGGGAGCCGGAGAAUGGCAAACGCGUUGGCUCAGACUUCAGCAUCGGGGCGACUGCUCAGUUCACGUGCGAUGAGGACCACGUGCUGCAAGGCUCCAAAACGAUUACCUGCCAGCGCGUGGCCGAAGUCUUCGCCGCUUGGAGCGACCACAGGCCCGUCUGCAAGGUGAAGACCUGUGGGUCGAACCUCCAGGGACCAUCGGGCACCUUUACGUCCCCCAACUUCCCGAUCCAGUACGAGAGCAACUCCCAGUGCGUGUGGAUCAUCACAGCCAGCGAUCCAAACAAGGUUAUUCAAAUCAACUUUGAAGAAUUUGACCUAGAAAUUGGAUAUGACUCACUCACUAUUGGAGAUGGAGGAGAAGUAGGAGACUCUAAAACAAUCAUACAAGUGCUCACGGGGAGCUUUGUCCCAGACCUGAUUGUCAGCAUGUCCCACCAGAUGUGGCUUCAUCUCCAGUCUGACGAGAGCGUGGGCUCCAUCGGUUUCAAGAUCAACUAUAAAGAAAUCGACAAAGAGAGUUGCGGCGACCCAGGUACGCCUCUGUACGGCUACCAAGAGGGCAGUGGCUUUUUGAAUGGCGACGUUCUGCGCUUUGAAUGCCAGUUUGGAUUCGAGCUCAUCGGGGAGAGGAUGAUAACCUGCCAGAACAACAAUCAGUGGUCUGCUAAUAUUCCCAUCUGCAUAUUCCCCUGCUUCUCCAACUUCACCGCCCCCAUGGGGACCGUGCUGUCUCCUGACUACCCGGAAGGCUACGGGAACAACCUCAACUGCGUGUGGCUCAUCAUCUCCGAGCCGGGCUCCCGGAUCCACUUGGCUUUCAACGACUUUGACCUGGAGCCACCCUACGAUUUCCUCACCAUCAAAGAUGGCGACCAGUCCGGGGCGACGAUACUGGGCCGCUUUUCGGGCGCCGAGGUUCCUUCUCACCUGACGUCCAACAGCAACGUGCUGCAGCUGGAGUUUCAGGCCGAUCACUCCAUGUCUGGCCGAGGGUUCAAUAUCACCUACAGCACUUUUGGCCGUAAUGAGUGCCCCGACCCUGGAAUACCGUUGAAUGCCAGACGCUUUGGGGACAGCUUCCAGCUCGGGAGCUCCAUCUCUGUGGUCUGUGAGGAAGGAUUCAUCAAGACACAAGGGGCCGACACCAUCACAUGCCACCUGGAAGAAGGCAAGGUGAUGUGGAGCGGACUGAUUCCAAAAUGUGAAGCUCCAUGUGGAGGCCACUACUCGGGGCCGUCUGGGGUCAUCCUCUCCCCAGGGUGGCCCGGCUACUACAAAGACUCCCUGAGCUGUGAGUGGGUCAUUGAGGCAGAGCUGGGACACUCCAUCAAAAUCAGCUUUGACAGGUUUCAGACUGAGCUCAGUUAUGACUUCCUGGAAGUGCACGACGGUCCCAACCUGCUCUCGCCCAUGAUUGGCUCCUUUAAUGGCACCCAGGUUCCUCAGUUCCUGUUUAGCAGCAGCAACUUUCUCUAUCUACUUUUCACCACUGACAACAGUCGAUCAAACAGUGGUUUCAAGAUCUUCUAUGAAGUGGUGACGUUGGACACGUACUCCUGUAUGGAUCCUGGCAUCCCAGUGAACGGCUUAAGGCUGAGCCAUGACCUGUCCAUCGGCUCCGUGGUGUCCUUCCAGUGCGACCCGGGCUACAGGCUGAGCCACGACGACCCCUUGGUUUGCGAGAAGAACCACUUUUGGAGCCACCCGCUGCCCUCUUGUGACGCAUCAUGCGGUGGGGAUAUCCGCGGACCCGGAGGGAUCAUUUUAUCACCUGGCUACCCAGAGCUCUAUCCAAACUCUCUGAACUGUACGUGGACUAUAGAAGUCAGCCAUGGAAAAGGUGUCCAGUUCACGUUUCACUCCUUCCACCUGGAGGAUCACCAUGACUACCUCCUCAUAACCGAAAAUGGCAGCUUUGCGCAGCCGCUGGCGCGACUCACUGGUUCAGAGAGGCCUGCGCCGGUGAAUGCUGGUCUGUACGGCAACUUCAGGGCCCAGCUACGCUUCAUCUCUGACUUCUCCAUAUCACUGCAGGGAUUCAACAUCUCCUUCUCAGAAUAUAAUCUGGAACCCUGUCAGGACCCGGGGACGCCUCAGUUCGGCUGGCACACAGGAUCCCGCUUUGGGAUCGGCGACAGGCUGGCGUUCUACUGCAACACGGGCUACCGCCUACAGGGGGCGAGGGAGAUCAUGUGCUUGGGAGGUGGCCGGCGCAUGUGGAGUGCCCCUCUGCCAAGGUGUGUGGCGGAGUGUGGAUCAACAGUCUCCAACAACGAGGGCGUUCUUUUGUCACCAAACUACCCAAUGAACUAUGACAACAGCCACGAAUGCGUGUACAGCAUUCAGGUCCAAACGGGCAAAGGCAUAAACAUCACUGCCAACACCUUUCAACUCGCACAGGGCGACAUCCUGAAGGUGUUUGAUGGGAAAGAUGGCGCCGCUCCCCUUCUCGGCUCCUACGCUGACACGGCGAUGCAGGGUUCGUCCCUCACCAGCACCUCCAACAAUCUGUGGCUUGAAUUCUACUCUGACAAGGAGGCGACGGCGGCGGGGUUCCGGCUCAUGUACCACAGCUUCGAGCUGUCCCACUGUGACGAUCCGGGUGUUCCACAGUUUGGCUUCAAGCUCAGCGACCAAGGCCACUUUGCCGGGAGCGCCAUCACAUUUGGCUGUGACCAGGGUUACACGCUGCACGGCAGCGGGGUGCUUCAGUGCAUGACUGGGGAGAGGAGAGCAUGGGACAACCACCUGCCUUCAUGUAUAGCCGAGUGUGGCGGCAGGUUUAAGGGCCAGUCUACGGGGCGCAUCCUCUCUCCCGGAUACCCAUUCCCCUACGACAACAACCUGAGGUGCACCUGGACGAUCGAGGUCAACUCCGGCAACAUCGUCAGUCUCCAGUUCCUUGCGUUCGACACGGAGGCUUCCCACGACAUCUUGAAGGUUUGGGACGGGCCUCCUGAGAACGAGAUGUCUCUGAAGGAGGUUAGCGGCUCACUGCUGCCUGAGGGAAUCCACUCCACUCUCAAUAUGGUCACCAUUCAGUUUGAGACGGACUUCUACAUCACCAAGUCUGGCUUUGCCAUUGACUUCUCCAGUUCACUCGCAACAGCCUGCAGAGAUCCAGGGAUCCCUAUGAAUGGUAGUCGCAACGGGGAAGGGCGGGAGCCUGGCGACUCGGUGACCUUCUCCUGUGAUCCGGGAUAUGAAUUGCAGGGGGAGAGCAGAAUCACCUGCAUCCAAGUGGAAAAUAGAUACUACUGGCAACCCAGCCCUCCAAGCUGCAUCGCGCCUUGUGGUGGCAAUGUGACUGGAUCCUCCGGAUUUAUCCUUUCUCCCAACUACCCACAUCCGUACCCUCACAGCAAAGACUGCGACUGGCUCAUUGCUGUCCACUCUGACUAUGUCAUCUCCUUGGCUUUCAUCAGCUUCAGCAUCGAGCCCAACUAUGACUUCCUGUACAUCUACGAUGGGCCGGACAGCACUGCCCAUCUGAUCGGCAGUUUCCAGGACAGUAAACUACCUGAGAAGAUUGAGAGCACGUCCAACUUCAUGUACCUGGCUUUUCGUAGCGACGGCUCUGUGAGCUACACUGGCUUCCACUUGGAAUACAAAGCCAAACUGCGGGAGGCCUGCUUUGAUCCAGGGAAUGUGAUGAACGGCACUAGAAUGGGCAUGGACUACAAGCUGGGAUCUAUGGUGACGUUUCAUUGCGAGGCUGGCUAUGUGCUGCAGGGCUACACCACACUGACGUGUGUCAUGGGCAACAGCAAGAGGCCGGAGUGGGACAGGACCAAACCCAGUUGUCAAGCUCCCUGCGGAGGUCACUUCACAGGUUCAGAGGGAACUGUGCUAUCCCCAAACUACCCGCAUAAUUACACCAGAGGACAGAGCUGUGUUUAUGACAUCUACGUCCCCGGGGACUUUGUGCUCUUUGGGCAGUUUGUGGUGUUCCAGACUUUGACCAGCGACGUGGUGGAAAUCUACGACGGCUCCUCCACAGACUCAGCCCUGCUUUCCUCCAUCUAUGGCUCUCACUCAGGUGAGACUCUCCCUUUGAGUUCAGGAAACAAGAUAACGCUGAAGUUUACCACUAAUGGAACAGAAACGGCCAAAGGCUUUCAUUUUGUUUACCAAGCUGUCCCCCGGACAAGCGCCACUCAGUGCAGCUCGGUCCCCGAGCCCCGCUUUGGGAAGCGGAUGGGGAACGACUUUGGCAUCGGCAUGGUGGUGCUGUUUGAGUGCAGUCCAGGCUACACACUGCACGGCGCCAACGCCAUCAGGUGUGAGGCCGUGCCCAAUGCCCUGGCCCAGUGGAACGGCACCGUGCCCACAUGUGUCGUUCCCUGUGGUGGAGUGUUAACCGAGCGCAGGGGAACCGUCCUGUCUCCUGGUUACCCGGAGCCAUACGCCAACUACUUGAACUGUGCGUGGAGGAUCUCUGUUCCUGAAGGAGCUGGCAUCCAAAUUCAGGUUGUGACCUUCGCCACCGAACACAACUGGGACUCGCUGGAUUUCUUUGAUGGAGUGGACGGCAACGCUCCGAGGCUCGGUAGCUACUCGGGUACAACAAUCCCCCAGCUGCUCAACAGCACCUCCAACAAUCUGUACCUGACCUUCCAGUCUGACAUUAGUGUGUCCGCCGCCGGCUUCCACUUGGAGUACACAGCAAUAGGUUUGGAUUCGUGCCCAGAGCCACUGCCUCCCAGUAACGGCGUCAGAGUGGGCAACCGCUACACUGUGGGUGACAUGGUGUCCUUCCAGUGUGACCAGGGCUUCUCCUUACAGGGUAAUACCUUCAUUACCUGCAUGCCUGGUCCCGUCAGAAGGUGGAACUACCCUGUGCCUCUGUGUUUAGCUCAGUGUGGCGGCUCCAUGACAGACUUCAGCGGCGUCAUCCUCAGCCCCGGCUUCCCGGGGAAUUACCAGAGCAGCCUGGACUGCAGCUGGAGAGUCCAGCUCCCUGUUGGCUUCGGGAUCCAUCUGCAGUUUCUGAACUUCUCGACAGAGCCCGUUCAUGAUUAUCUGGAGGUUCGCAGUGGGACUCUGGAAACAGGAAGCGUGAUUGAUAGGUUCAGUGGCCCUGUGGUGCCCAACUCCCUCUUUAGCACCACCCACGAGACCACUCUGUUCUUCCACAGCGACUACUCUCAGAACAAACCCGGCUUCCACAUUGUCUACCAGGCGUACGAACUGCAGAGGUGUCCGGACCCGCGGCCGUUUCGCAACGGCAUCGUGAUCGGCCAGGACUACAGCGUGGGGAUGACCGUCUCCUUCGAGUGCCUGCCGGGCUACACGCUGCUGGGAGAGGCCUCCCUCACGUGUCUGCACGGAGUCAGCCGGAACUGGAACCACCCUUUGCCCCGCUGCGAAGCGCUGUGUGGUGGGAAUAUAACGUCCAUGAAUGGCACUAUUUACUCCCCUGGACACCCGGCCGAGUAUCCUCACUUCCAGGAUUGCAUGUGGACCGUCAGAGUGCCCCCGGGUUACGGCAUCUACAUCAAUUUCUCCGUGAUAAACACCGAGCCGAUCUAUGACUACAUCACUGUGUGGGACGGACCUGAUCAGGCCUCGCCUCAGAUCGGCCAGUUCAGCGGCAGCUCCGUGCAGGAAGGCGUUUCCACCACAGCGAAUCAGAUCCUCAUCAAGUUCCACAGUGACUUCAGCACCAGUGGCUUCUUUGUGCUGCAUUAUUAUGCGUACCAGCUGAGAACGUGCCAGCCGCCGCCCCCGGUCGCCAACGCCACCGUCCUGACCGAUGACGAGGAGUUUGAAAUAGGGGACAUCAUUCGCUACUCGUGCCUGCCCGGCUUCACCUUGGUGGGCAGUGAGAUUCUGACCUGUCGGCUGGGAGAGAGGCUGCAGAUGGACGGACCCCCCCCAAUUUGCCAAGUGCAAUGUCCAGCUCACGAGGUGCGCUUCGACUCCACCGGGGUGAUUCUGAGCCCGGGCUACCCUGAAAACUACCCCAAUCUCCAGAUGUGCUCCUGGCUAAUUAAUGUGGAGAAGGGCUACAACAUCACGCUGCACUUUGAACUCUUCCAGACGGAAAAGGAGUUUGACAUCCUAGAAAUAUUUGAUGGGCCCAACAUCUACAGCCAGAGCAUGGCGUCGCUCAGCGGCGACAUCGAGACCCCCUUCAGCCUCACCACCACUGGCCACCAGAUCCUGCUGCGCUGGUCCUCCGACCACGGCACCAACCGGCGCGGUUUCCACAUCAGAUACGUGGGUGAGUAUCAAAAUUUCUGGCUUUUUCUUCUGUUAAUAAUUUCCUUAUCUGCUGCUUUCUCACGUCCUCUUCUGUCUCUCUCUCUCUCUCGCUCGCUCGCUCUCGCUCCCUCGCCCUUCCCGUCCAUCCCGCUCCUCUCCGCUCCUUCCGCAGCCAUGUACUGCAGUACCCCGGACUCCCCGCAGCACGGCUUCGUGGUGAGCCAGACCGGGGGCCACCUCAACAGCAUGGUGCGCUGGGCCUGUGACAGGGGAUACAAGCUGAUUGGCAAAGGCGCGGCCGUGUGCAGGAGGGCCGCCUACGGUUACUACGCCUGGGACGCCCCGGUCCCCGCGUGUCAAGCUGUGUCAUGCGGCGUGCCCAGCGCGCCAGUAAACGGAGGUGUGCUCGCUGCUGAUUACUCCGUCGGCACACGGGUGACCUACUUCUGCAACAGCGGCUACCGGCUUUCUUCCAAAGAGCUGACGACCACAGUCUGCCAGCCAGACGGCACAUGGAGCAACCACAACAAGAUCCCUCGAUGCAUCGUAAUGACGUGCCCCAGUCUCAGCUCGUUCUCUCUGGACCACGGCAAGUGGAGAAUCGUCAACGGCUCCCACUACGAGUACGGCACCAAGAUCAUUUUCACCUGCAACCCGGGCUAUUUCCGCGUUGGCCCCGCCCACAUCCAGUGUCUGGCCAAUGGGGUGUGGAGCUGGAGGAACGAACGCCCUCGGUGCAGAAUCAUUUCCUGUGGCGAUCUGCCCACUCCUCCUAAUGGAAAGAAGAUUGGGACCCAGACGACUUUCGGCGCGUCGGCCAUUUUCAGCUGUAACCCCGGCUACGUCUUAACCGGGUCCACUGUCAGAGAGUGUCUCCUCUCCGGCCUGUGGGACAAAGCAGAGACUCUGUGCCUGGCGGGUCACUGUGGCGUCCCAGAGCAGAUCGUCAACGGGCAGGUGAUCGGAGAAAACUUUGGCUACAGAGACACGGUGGUUUACCAGUGCAACCCCGGAUUCAGGCUCAUCGGCUCAUCGGUGCGCAUUUGCCACCAGGACCACAACUGGUCUGGACAGCUGCCAGUUUGUAUUCCUGUCACCUGCGGCCACCCCGGCAGCCCUAUCUACGGCCGCACCACAGGCGACGGCUUCAACUACAACGACAUCGUGCGCUUCUCCUGCAACAGAGGCUACACUCUGGAGGGCCCCUCCACCGCCCAGUGCCAGGCCAGCCGCCAGUGGAGCCAGCAGCCGCCAACGUGCAGAGUGGUGAACUGCACAGAUCCCGGCAUUCCUGCCAACUCUAUCCGGGAGAGUAAGAUCGAACAUGGUAACUUCACGUUCGGCAGCGUGGUUUUCUACGACUGUAACCCAGGAUACUCCCUGUUUGGCUCGUCGGUGCUCACCUGUCAGCCAGAAGGCCACUGGGACAAACCUCUACCUGAAUGCAUUGAGGUCGACUGCGGCCUCCCGGGCGCACCUCCCCACGGGACCAUGAGCGGGGAGAAGUUUACCUUUGGCUCCACGGUGCGAUACUCCUGCUCCGGGGAGCGGCAGCUCAUCGGAGACUCAUCGCUCACCUGCCAACUGAACGGUCACUGGAGCGGUCCGCUGCCCCACUGCUCAGGUGACUCGGCGGGCGCCUGCGGGGAUCCCGGCACUCCGGCCCACGCCAGCAGGGAGGCAGGAAACUUCAAGGUGCGCAGCAAGGUGCGCUUCACCUGCGCCGUGGGACACACGCUGUACGGCUCGGCGGAGAGGAUCUGCUUCCCCAACGGGACGUGGUCGGGGAGACAGCCGUUCUGCAAACCCGUGCAGUGUGGCAACCCAGGCACCCCCGCCCACGGCCGCAUCUCGCAUGUGGACGGCACCACCUUCUCCCAUUCCAUUGUGUACUCCUGUAUGGACGGCUACUUCCUGACCGGCUCGCCCACUCGCCAGUGUCUGGCGAACGGGACGUGGUCCGGCGCCGCUCCCAACUGCACACUGAUUGCGUGCGGCGACCCCGGGGUCCCCGCCAACGGCCUCCGCUUCGGGGACGACCUCACGGUGGGGCAGAACGUGACCUUCGCCUGCCAGCCGGGCUUCGUGAUGGCGGGAGGCGGCGCCGGCGCCACCGUCACCUGCACCAGCAACGGCACCUGGAGCGGCGGCGCGCCGGCGUGCCAGGUGGUGAAGUGUCCUGCAGCUCCAGCGAUCCCCAACGGCCUCCUGGAGGGCUCCGUCCUGGAGUGGGGUACCAGCGUGAGCUACAGCUGUCUGCCCGGCUAUGAGCUGUCCUUCCCCGCUGUGCUCACGUGCACCGGCAACGGAACGUGGACGGGAGACCUGCCUCAGUGCCUGCCCAAGUUUUGCGGGGACCCCGCGUCACCUGCCAAUGGCCGGAGGGAGGGCCACAGUUUCAUCUUCAGGUCGGAGGUGACGUUCAGCUGCAGCGCCCCCUACGUGCUGGUGGGGUCGAGCACACGCGUGUGUCAGCAGGACGGCACCUGGAGCGGCUCGCGGCCUCAGUGCAUAGAGCCCACGAGAUCCACGUGUGAAAACCCAGGGACGCCCGAGCACGGCUUCAUGAAUUACACAACGGGUUUUAAGGUGGGCAGCAGAGUGGACUUCCAGUGCCAGCAGGGACACCUACUGCAGGGCUCCACCACUCGGAUCUGCCUGCCAGACCUCACCUGGACCGGCGUCCAGCCGACCUGCAUCCCUCACUCAUGCAAGCAGCCGCGCAGCCCAGCCAACGCUGACGUGGUGGGUCUGGACCUGCCCUCGUACGGCUACACCCUGGUGUACACCUGUCAGCCCGGCUACUUCCUGUCCGGGGGCUCGGAGCACCGCGCCUGCCGGUCUGACGGCAGCUGGACUGGCAAGGUGCCUGUGUGCAGAGUUGGAUCCAAAUCGCAUGAGAAAACUGUCAAGCCCAUACCAGGGACGCCCAGCCCCAAAAUAAACGUUCCCGACGACGUCUUCGCGCCCGACUUUAUCUGGAAGGGCUCGUACGACUACAAGGGCCAGAAGCAGCCCAUGACUUUAACCGUCACCAGCUUUAACGCCUCCACGGGGAAAGUCAACGUAACCUUAAGCGACAGCAGCGUGGAGUUUCUGCUCUCUGGAGUGUUCAAGCGCCAGGAGGCCCGCUUGAUGCUGCUGCUGUACCACACGAGAGCGCUGGCCCACAGCUCCUUGAGCAGGAUCACGGACGAGACCUGGGCCAUGGACGGAUUUGUCUCGGCUGAGCCCGACGGUGGCAGCUACGUGUUCCAGGGCUUCAUACAGGGUAAAGACUACGGACAGUUUGGACUGCAGAGACUUGGUUUGAGCGUGAGAGAAAACGUUACGCUCGCUGAUCCUGAAACCAACGGCUCCACCAACAGCAGCUCCGUGGCUGUUGCCAUCCUUGUGCCUUUCUUUGCCCUCAUCUUCGCAGGCCUGGGUUUUUAUCUCUACAAACAAAGGAAAACAGAUAAAGCGCAGUACACAGGAUGUUCUGUCCAUGAGAACAACAAUGGCCAGGCCACUUUUGAAAAUCCCAUGUACAACACAAACACAAAAGCUGCUGAGGGGAAAGUUGUCCGCUUUGACCCCAAUCUCAACACCAUCUGCACCAUGGUUUGAUAAGGGAGUGACAGGAGGCGAGACAAACCGCCGAGAUGGGGAAUAAAACGUCUCCUCGUCUGCUAAACAUAAAUAUAUAUAGACAUAUUUAUAUUUUCCCUGUGUGAUGAAAUGCCACAGACACAGCGUUGCUCAGAAACAUAAAGCACACUUUUGGCAACACAUUUGGCAGUUGCAGUUGAUUGUACAGAAGUAGAAAGGGGAGGGUCCCGCACCUUUUCAGAUCUUCCCAUUGUUUGGUGAAGAAAGGUCCUAGUUACACUCUGUGAGUGUUGGCUUUAUGAAUAAAGGAGCCUCUGGCAUAUCGCUAAAA